UAAAUGAAAAUGGAAGAGGGGUUGGGCAUAAAAUGGAACUCCCUUAUCGCACAGUCAACGGAGCUCUCAACCGCAGCUUGUUGCUUCGCAUCUUUCCAACGGCAAGGCUGAAAAGCUAAUUACACAGCAGCAUUUUCCAGGUUCCUCGGUUGUUUUCGUUUUAUUUUGACGGUUUUUAUCGGUUGAGUCAAAUUGUUUUGGUUGGAAAACAACGUUAACAGUUCAGAGAAGGAUGUCAGGCGACGAAGCAGCGCCCACACCGCCCGUGGGCGAAACCUCGACGGCCAAGAUGGAAACGGAGUUUAUGACGCCAGAGAACACCAGAAUGCUCAUCGCCAUUCGGACGGAGAUGGAUGAACGCUUUCGUAACAAUCCCAAAAUCGGACGCAAUUCCCUGCCAGAUGCCAGUGAUCUGUGGGAUGAACUGACGCUGACAUACAACAGCCAGUAUCCCGAUAGUCCCGGCCGGCUGCCGUCGUGCCUGAAGAAGCGCUGGGAGAAGUUGGUGUCCAGUUAUCGGAAAGAUACGAAGUUUUUGGUGAAAAAUGAUUGGGAGUUGAAAGGACGCCAGCUGAGUCCCUAUUUUCCAUCCAUGGACCAGAGCUUCCGCGACAAAGGCGAGCCGGAAUACGUUGAAGCCGUUGCAGCUAAUCCCGCGCUUAUCACCACCUUGCUGGAAUCCAUUGAAAAUGGGCAAGCCUACGACCGGAAUAAGGAGGUUCCCAAGAAGCGUGUCCGCAAUAAGGUCCCGAAAUUUCGCCGCAACCCCAUCAACCCGCGUCUCCUGGACUAUGAGCAGCCGGCAUCGGCCAAACUGAAGAAUUAUCGCUGUAUUGUGCCGUUUUGUAAGAAUACCGCCCGCAACACCGCCUACACCAAGGUGCGCUUCAUCAUGCUACCACGAACCAACCCGGCGGCCCGUCGCGGCUAUAUGGACGUCAUAGGGGUGCCCUAUACCGCGGCACGCGAUAUCUUCAUCUGCUCCAAGCACUUCCCGCCCGAGGAGGUGGAUUUAAAGGCCAAGUAUGUCGUCAAAACCGGGACGCUGCCGUCGCUCUUCUUGACGCAGGAGGAAUUCGAUAAGGAAGCGGCUGAUCGAGAAGCGGACGGUGCUCCGGAAAACGAUGUCGAAGAAAUCACCACCUUCAUGGAUGAACAGCCGCCGUCGGCCUGGCACACGCGUAAGAACUUCCGCUGCAUUGUCCCAUCGUGUCACAACCGGGUGCGCAGUGUCGACUGGUCGAAAAUCCGCUUCUCCGAGAUUCCCAUGAAAGGUCCGAAGCGUCGCAAAUAUCUGGAAGACUGCGGAUUGUUGGAUAAACUGCCGCAGGAGACCCUGGACCGCCGGCAUAUGCUGAUUUGUACAAAACAUUUUGAGCCCAAACAGAUUGAUUUCUUCCGCAAACCCCAUGUUAAGGCCGGCGAAGUGCCGACACUGUUUCUGGAUAGUAGUGGGGAAAAUGGAGAUGACGAUUCGGACGACCGGUACGGCAAGCGGUCGUUCUUUGGGAAGAAUGCCAGCACACCGGAGACCGUUAAUCGCGACAUUAUGUUGCUGGAAUUGUUGGUAGCCAACAAUCCGUUCUUGCCGGAUCGCAGUCAGCGGGACCAUAAAGUGCGACUGCAGUGGGAGAAGAUCGUCACCGUCUAUAAUGCCGCUAAGGUGGAACCGCUGGAAUUAACAUCCCGGACGUGUAAGAAUCGUGUGGAGCGAUUCCGCGAGAAGGCCAAGUACAACAUGGUCCGCAGUGAUCCGAAAUACGAAGCGGCCACCGACACCCAACUGGAUCACAUUGAGAAUCUCAUCGGGCAGGUGCACGUCGCCGCCUCGGCGGUGGAGGCGUGGGAAGCCGCCCAUGAGACGCCGCGCGAGAAGAAGGCCAGCAGUGCGCAUUCGGUGGUGUACCGCUGCAUGGUGGAGGGCUGCAGUAGUCGGCGGGUAGGCCGCGAUGACAGCGACGAAACACGCUACUACCACGUGCCCAAUGAUCCGGAGAUUCGCGAGAUCUGGCUGAAAGCCGCCGGGUUCUACGGGUGCACGGCGAAUAAUACCGUCAUGUGCUCCAAGCACUUUGAGGAUGAGUGCAUCAAGGAGAACGGACGGCUGAAGAAGGGAUCCAUUCCCACGGUGAAUAUUAUCGAAACCGAUGAGGCGGCGAUGGAAGGAGGACCGGUAGAAGACGUGGAGAAGGCGGCCAGUACGGAACCAGUGCAGCCGGUGGAAGGCCCAGCAGAGGGCGAGGAAGGCGCGAUGCCGGCGGAAGCGGUCCUGCAGCCGGAGGUUAUCCACACAUUCCUGCCCAGCGAAUUCGAUACCUUCGAUCCUAAACUGAAGUUCGGACGACAUGGGUUGUCGCAGCGUCAUUGUGUCAUUGCCGCGUGUCCCUCGCAUCAGAACCGUCUCCGCCAGCAGAAAGUGGGCAUGUUCAAGUGUCCGCAGAUUCCCCCGGACGACGCGGACCCCGCCGUGUGGGAGCAGUAUCAGAAAUGGUCGGAUGCCAUCUCUCUGGAGAAUGCCUACCCGUGGACGCAUAAACACCUGAUCUGCUCGGCGCAUUUUGACGACAGUAUGCUGCGCUACCAUAAAACCGCCGGCAAAGUGACGCUGACGAAGGGCGCGUUCCCCAGUAAGAAACUGCGCAGUAUCGACUGGCCAGGCACGCAGGAGAUUAUGGCGCAGCUGAUGCAUCCGGUCAUCGAGGAGAUGGAGGAGCCGGUGGAGGGCAUGGAAACGGUGGAAGGCGCCGAGGCUGUCGAGGGGGAAGCGGCGCCCGAAGAGGUCGGGGAAGAUGCAGAGGCGGCUGCGGAGAUCGCCGACGAAGAUGAAGGUGAGAAGGAGGAAGAGGCCGAGGCGGAAGAAGCGGCGAAUAUUCGUCGAUCACCACGGAAACGCAAGGCCUCGGGCAUGGAGGCGGAGGAUGAAGGGGAGAAGAAGGAGACGCCGAAGAAAGCGGUCGCCAAGAAAGCCAAGACCCCGGAGAAUGUGUACGAGUUCGAAGAGCCGGCGGCGCCGGUCCCGUCGACCAGUAAAUCACCGCGCCGCUCCACCAAGUCCUCCGCGGAUUUCGGACCUCGUAAACCGGCGCUGGUAGAACGCCCGGCGACGCGUGGAUUCAAGACCAAGCCAGCGGAAGCUGCGACAACGACAACCAAACCGGCGGAAGCCGCUGCGCCGGAAAUUGAACCGGUGGCGGUGGUACGGAAACGCGGCCGCCCGAAACGCAGCGCACCCGUCGAGGCGCCGGUGCCGGAGACGGUGAACAAGCGGAAGCGCUUCAGUCCGCGGAUGGUGUCGCGGGAGGACGAGGUCGAGGAGAUGGACGAGACGCCGGAUGAAGAACCGGCCAAAAUCGAACCGCAGACUGUGGACAUAGUGAAAUCGCCGGGGAGACAUGUAAAAACGACGGCUAAAGCAUCGGAGCCUCCAAAAUCGCCGGUGCGGGCGGUGGCGACACGUGCAUCACCUAAAGCAGCCGAGGCACCGAAGGCGGCGGAAAAAGCACCGGAAAAUGGCAAAUCACCGGCGAAAACUGGAGCGGCAACCAAGUCUCAAGCAAAAACGAAAGCAGCGGCAGAGAAAAUCGCGGAAAAAUCUGAAGAGGUUGCAAAAGCUGGUAAGGCUUCGGCGCGGUUAGCUACACGCGCCGCGGCCUCCAAAUCCGCUCCGGAGACCACGAAGGAAGACGGGAAAAAAGCGGAAGGAUCGAAGUCGGUGAAAACUCCCCCGGAACCACCGAAAAAGACGGGAAAAGCCGCGGCGACGGGGAAGGCUGUGACCGUCACCGUAAAAGAACCGGAGGCGGCGAAACCAGCGGGGAAAGCGGCCAAGACCACUUCGAAGACCGCCGAACCGGCCAAAUCCAGCGAAAAAGCCCCGGAAAGCAAGAAAACGGCCGCCGCGGCGAAAGAACUGGCCGAACCGCCUAAGAAGAUGGCCGCCAUCGUCGAGCCGGUGAAGACGCGCGCCAAGACCGCGGCGGCGGCCAAAACCGAGCCGGCCCCCGCGCCCACCUCCCCGGCGAAAUCGGGGAGUCAGCGGCGCUCGCCUGCGGUGAAUCAGAGCAUCCAGACGCGUGGCGCGCGGAAGAACGUGGUGGUGCGCAGUCCGCAUGUGGCUAGUAAGGCGAAAUCGUCCGGAGAAGAGAUGGAGGUGGUGGCCAGCGGAUCCGGGGGGAGGUCGGUGGCCGGGAAGGGCACGGAGUACGUGACCCUCGUGGAGGUGACGGCGACGGCGUUGGAGGCCAUGAACGGGGAUGCGGAUGAUGAGGACGUUGAGGAGUUAGCAAGUUAAAGGAUUUUUGCCGUUUUUCUGUUGGAGAAUUGUACGGAUUAUUACGUUACAACUAAUAUAAUUAAUUACGUUAAAUUAUGGUAAUUAAUUAUUUCAGUGUUAAAUACUUGGAAAUUCUUUAGCCAUUAUGCUUUUCAUUAUUAUAUACUAUUAAGCAUGUUUGUAUUAUUUUGAUUUUUGGAUUGAAGUGCGCGCGCGAGGAAAAUUGCUGGCUUUUUCUUCUUGAUUUUUUCAUGGCUUUGAGAUGCUUUGAGCUUUUUGGAUGUUUAGCGGGUUGUUAAAAUGUGCGAAUGGAUUGAAAUGUGUUUCGUUGGAUG